AUGCUAUUACUGCUCAAUUUUUUGAAUUCAUUAGGGACUAUAAUGAACAGCUUAUCAUUAGUUGCAAGAGAAAUUCCUGAAGAAAUAGUUAAGGUGUACUGAGUGUUCACGUAUUCGGGGGUAUCAGUUCCGCUAACAGUAACAGUCCCAGCGCUGGUGCAAAGGGAACUUUUUUGUUUAAGUGGAGAAUCGCCUGCAAGAUCUUUAUAUUCCAAUGGCACUCCAUCUGUAUCUAUAGUUUUCACUGUUGCUUUGGGUGUAUAA